AUGGACGACCUCUCCACUGGGUCGGAGAGCGACUACAACAACUCUUGGAUCUCUUGGUUCCUUUCUACAAAGGGCAAUUGGCUCGGCGGCGUCGUCAAUACGCCCGGCUUUCUCCCGACCUGCUGCUAUGCGUCCCCCGAGACAGCAUUGUCGAGGCUGGGUGUUGACACCGAUGAUUCACCAUCAUUAGCAACGACGCCCCUAUCAUCAUCGAAAGCCACUAGCUACCCCGACGUGCGCUUCUCAGCUAACAUUCAGGAAUAUUUUGCCGAGGUCGACGAGGACUACAUCCUCGACCGCUUCAACCUGACGGGUCUGAACGGCGAGGUCGUGCAGGAGUAUCAGCGCGCGCUGGACCUGAUCACCGACUGUUUAGGACUGCAGAAGAUGGUGAGUGUUGACAACCGCGCGCGAGGAAGGCACAGUUCCGCAGACGGGCCAAAGGAAGGCGCAGCACACACGCCGUUACCUUCUUUCGUCCGUCUGGAGUUUUCCUCGUACGACCCAGCUACAUACCUUUGCAGCGAGCUAACCCCAGCUCGACAAAACCUGCUCCCUGUCGGACUGACGGACAUCCCCUACCAGAAGGCCGUCAAGCUCUACUGCCCGCGAUGCGAGGACAUUUACUCGCCCAAGUCGAACCGACACGGCUCCAUCGACGGCGCCUACUUUGGCACGACGUUCCCUCACAUGCUCUUCAUGGCGUACCCGCAGAUGAUCCCCAGCAAGGGCCAGCCGUCGUCUGACCGCGAGAUGCGUCGCGAGCCCGUCGGCCCUGGUGGCGUCUCGUCUGCAGCCGCUGCGCUCAAGGCGGAGCGCUACGAGCCUAAAAUCUUUGGCUUCCGCGUCCACGAGGAGGCGCAGCUGCACCGGUGGAGGACGGCGAAGCGUGACGACCAGAUCCAGCGUCUCGAGAACUUGGAUUCGAACAACAACAACAACAACAAACUGUAA